CAUUAAAAAUAAAAAAAAUAAAAACUGUCCUAAAAAAAAAAAGCCUGCUGUUUUUUCCUAAAUAAAGAUCUAAUUAAAUCACCAAACUUACUCAAAAUGGCUGUGUACAAAAAAUGAGAGUUGACAUUAGAUCUCGGACAUAUUUCCCACAUACACAGUGCUUUGAAGUAAACUGCAGUUUGUUUUUAAUAAAUCUAAGUUAUAUGUUGUAUUACUAUGUAUUGCUAAAUUCUUUGCACUACUGUUAUGCAAUACUAAUUUUACAGGGGAAACUGAAGCCUGAUAACUUCGUCAGUGCCACAGGAAGAAACGAGAGACAGAAGGAAAAAGCACUUUACAUGCCCGCUGUAAUUCAUCUUAGUUCACAGAGAUCUCCACGGUAGGAGCGCGACGUCAGCUUCUGCGGCUAAAAUCUCGUGACUGAAGCAGCAUAGCUCAGAAAGAGUGAUUUACCAGCAGUUGCAGACUACGUAAUGAAAAAUAACAAAAGUGCCCAUGCGCGAGGCUGUGCAACGAAGUACCCCACGACUGCAGGGAGGAGGAGUAAGAGUCGGCUAAGCGGCGCCCUGUGUCCUACUGCGCCUGUGCGCCGGUGGCGUGCGCAGAGGCCUCUGGGUAGGUGGCUUAACCCCGCCUCUCAGUUGAGGACUCUGAAGGCUGCAUCUGUGGCGCUACUCCUACGAGGAUGGCUACUCUGGUUGUAAACAAGCUUGGAGCGGGAGUAGACAGUGGCCGGCAGGGCAGCCGGGGGACAGCUGUAGUGAAGGUGCUAGAGUGUGGAGUUUGUGAAGACGUCUUUUCUUUGCAAGGAGACAAAGUUCCUCGCCUUUUGCUUUGUGGCCAUACAGUCUGUCAUGACUGUCUCACUCGCCUACCUCUUCAUGGAAGAGCAAUCCGUUGCCCAUUUGAUCGACAAGUAACAGACCUAGGAGAUUCAGGUGUCUGGGGCUUGAAAAAAAAUUUUGCUUUAUUGGAGCUUUUGGAACGACUGCAGAAUGGGCCUAUUGGUCAAUAUGGAGCUGCAGAAGAAUCCAUUGGGAUAUCUGGAGAGAGCAUCAUUCGUUGUGAUGAAGAUGAAGCUCACCUUGCAUCUGUAUAUUGCACUGUGUGUGCAACUCAUUUGUGCUCUGAGUGUUCUCAAGUUACUCAUUCUACAAAGACAUUAGCAAAGCACAGGCGAGUUCCUCUAGCUGAUAAACCUCAUGAGAAAACCAUGUGCUCUCAGCACCAGGUGCAUGCCAUUGAGUUUGUUUGCUUAGAAGAAGGUUGUCAAACUAGCCCACUCAUGUGCUGUGUCUGCAAAGAAUAUGGAAAACACCAAGGUCACAAGCAUUCAGUGUUGGAACCAGAAGCUAAUCAGAUCCGAGCAUCAAUUUUAGAUAUGGCUCACUGCAUACGGACCUUCACAGAGGAAAUCUCAGAUUAUUCCAGAAAAUUAGUUGGAAUUGUACAGCACAUUGAAGGAGGAGAACAAAUCGUGGAAGAUGGAAUUGGAAUGGCUCACACAGAACAUGUACCAGGGACUGCAGAGAAUGCCCGGUCAUGUAUUCGAGCAUAUUUUUAUGAUCUACAUGAAACUCUGUGUCGUCAAGAAGAAAUGGCUCUAAGUGUUGUUGAUGCUCAUGUUCGUGAAAAAUUGAUUUGGCUUAGGCAGCAACAAGAAGAUAUGACUAUUUUGUUGUCAGAGGUUUCAGCAGCCUGCCUCCAUUGUGAAAAGACUUUGCAGCAGGAUGAUUGUAGAGUUGUCUUGGCAAAACAGGAAAUUACAAGGUUACUGGAAACAUUGCAGAAACAGCAGCAGCAGUUCACAGAAGUUGCAGAUCACAUUCAGUUGGAUGCCAGCAUCCCUGUCACUUUUACAAAGGAUAAUCGAGUUCACAUUGGGCCAAAAAUGGAAAUUCGGGUCGUUACAUUAGGAUUGGAUGGUGCUGGAAAAACUACUAUCUUGUUUAAGUUAAAACAGGAUGAAUUCAUGCAGCCCAUUCCAACAAUUGGUUUUAAUGUGGAAACUGUAGAAUAUAAAAAUCUGAAAUUCACUAUUUGGGAUGUAGGUGGAAAACACAAAUUAAGACCAUUGUGGAAACAUUAUUACCUCAAUACUCAAGCUGUUGUGUUUGUUGUAGAUAGCAGUCAUAGAGACAGAAUUAGUGAAGCACACAGUGAACUUGCAAAGUUGUUAACAGAAAAAGAACUCCGAGAUGCUCUGCUCCUGAUUUUUGCUAACAAACAGGAUGUUGCUGGAGCACUGUCAGUAGAAGAAAUCACUGAACUACUCAGUCUCCAUAAAUUAUGCUGUGGCCGUAGCUGGUAUAUUCAGGGCUGUGAUGCUCGAAGUGGUAUGGGACUGUAUGAAGGGUUGGACUGGCUCUCACGGCAACUUGUGGCUGCUGGAGUACUGGAUGUUGCUUGAUUUUAAAUGCAGCAGUUGUUUGAAGUUUUAUGGUUAAGAGUAACUUUGCAACUAAUAUGUUUUAGGAAAUUAUACAUCUCAAAAGAUGGUAAUUUAGGAUAUAUAUAUAUAAAUAUAAAGGAAUCUUGGAUUGGAUUGGGAAUUCAGCACACUGCUUUAAAAAAAUUUUGUGGCAAAAUUAAAUUUCUAAUUGAGCAGAUUAGAUUGAAUUAAAUAGAAAUUUAUUGAAUAUACAUUCUUUUAAAAAGUAUAUUUGUUAUUUAAGUUUUUCAGAUAAUGUGACCAAUGUACUGGGAAAGAGGUAGUCACAGAGAAAGGGUAAGUGAAGGUUUAUUCUUUCAGUGAAAAAAAAAUAGCCAAUUGAGUGCCUAAUGAGACCUCUGUGUGAAGCAAGUGAAGUAUAGCUUCUUCUUUUAACCUGCCUUUUCACUGAAUGUUGGCAGUAUUUAGUAGUAGAAAUGACAGUUGCUUAAUGAAAUAGAAUCCAAACUACAUCUUUGGAUAAUAGGAUUACUUUAUGUUUAAGUUCAGAGUUAACAGAACACCUUUAAUGCUAAGAACUAUAAGGUAUAGAAAAUUAAUAUUUUAUAUAGUGUUUUAUUAACUUUCUCCUACAGCAUUUUGUAUAAAACACAGUGAGACAGAGUGAAGUGUUACCUAAUUAGGCUUGUCAGAUUAGUAAUAAACUAAACAGUAAUAAAACUGUGAAAGUAAUUGGAUCUUCAUUUAUGAAAGACCCAUUUUCAGGACCGAACCUAGGUCAGAGUUCUAAAUUGGUCCUUCUAUUUUCAACGUAUUUAAAGUAAUAUUUCUUUCUAAUAUAAUACUGCAUCCUUUGUGGGAAUGACUAUAGGUAAAAUGUAGUAAGUUACACAGAACCAGGGUUGGCUUUAUGUAAAAGCUAGUGACCUAAAUUGAAAACGAACUUUAAGAGAAAUUGUUAGUACAGUGGGGAAUGCUUAUUACUUACUUCAAACUGUUUCCCAAAAUAAGUGCAUUUAUUUUGACAAUAAAACUUAAGGCUCUUCAUGAAAAGGCCUUGAAAAGUUACUUUAGAGGAAGAAUGUCUAAAGGAAAAAAAAAAAUUCAAAAAGUUUACAUUAAUUAUUCAGUGUUGUGAGUAAAUAAAAAUGUGUGCUCUUUACUGUUUUUCAUUUUUAAAGGAUACUCUCUUAUUAUGGAAGCACGAUUUAUUUAAAUAGGUACAUUGAGAUUUUGUGUGUGUUUUUUUUUAAAUGUUCUGAUACAUUAGGAUGAAGUUAAAUCUUAAAUCUCAUUAGUUGAAUUGUUAUAAGGACAGUGAUGUCUGGUAACAAGAUGUGACUUUUUGGUAGCACUGUUUUGGUUCAGUCUUUUCAAAUCUAUUUUUGUUUGUUUAAAAACAAUACAACUUUUAAAAAACAAAGCAUUAAAAAAAAGCCUAUCAGUGUUAUGGGCAAAUAUGUAAAUAAGUAAAUAUAAUAUUUCAUCCUUUAUUUUUCAGGUAAAAGGUCAUGCUGUUACAAGUGUAGUUUGUGUGCAUAAAUAAUACUUCUGAAUUAAAUUAUUUAAUAUUUGACUGAUUUCAAUAACUGUGAAAAAUAAAAAAGGUGUUGUAUUGCUUGUGAGAACUUGAACUGUACUAGUUAAUUGAAGAAAAAAAAGUGUAACACUAAGGUGAACCUGCUUCCCUUUUCACCAAUUUUGCUAAACUUUGUAAUGCAUUGUUAGCAUAUAACUGAACACAAUUUAAAAAUUGUGCCUAUACCUGAUUAUAAUGUAUGUAUAACGGUAGGUGUUUGUGUGUGAUUCCUUUUUAAAGAAAUAUUUUCCUCAAGCUCC